UACAGUUUGCUGAUGAUAGCACUGGACAGAUAUGUGGCAGUGGUGACACCCUUCUCCAUGCUGUUCAAGAGAGUCACCCUCAAGUGGUGGCUUCUCCUCAUCUGGCUUCUCUCCUUCUCGUCCGCCCUCCCACCCACCAUCAUCUCACACAUCACACACAUUAGGAACCCUUGUGACGAGAGUGAGAUCCUUCGCACUCUGUGCUACCAAGACUUGCGAUACCACUACUACGUGGACCUGUUCACCCUCGUGACAUCAUAUGUGGUGCCCCUCAUCUGCAUGACUGUGUGCUAUGCGGCCAUCACCAGACGACUGAUUGAGAGCACCCGAGUGGUGUCUAACACUACAGUACUCGGACAGACGCACAGCGCCAGGAACCAGAAGGUGAUCCGGGUGUUGGUGGCUGUGGUGUGUAUCUUCCUUCUCUGCUGGCUGCCCCUCAGACUCUACCAGCUGGUCAAGUUCAUCUACCCUAACAUACUCACAUCUCCCCUCGUGCCCAAAUUCUACCUGGCCGCCUACUGGCUGGGAGUGAGCAACUCCACCUGGAACCCCAUCAUCUACUCCUUCUACUUUAUCAAGAACAAAAAAGAAAAUCAAGCGGCACAAACACUUGCAGCCAAUGAUGCGACUGCACUGAUUAGUCGAAACAAAAAGGGAGGCAACAAUAUUCACGACAACAGCAAGAAUGUGACCAGCAAUGUCAACCACAGUAUGACCUGUAAUGGUACAAAAGGGAUCAUUAGUGGGGUUCCCAGCGAAAUGAACAGAAAAAUGACCUUGACUACCCCAAUCAAGGUCAAUUCUAAAAGUGAUGCAGACAACUCAGGCCGUGAUGGAAAAGUUUCGAUGACAGCCGCAAGCAACAUUGGAGAAGAAUCAACUUUCGCCGAACCAGCAAAAGAUUCGAUUUUUCAGCGAUUGUCGGAAAAAGACCAGGACAACGAAAAUGGCGAAGAACACUUCGUCAAAAUUCAAAAAGACGUUCUCGAAAGCAUUUCAGAAAAAAAUGGCAUCGAGUUAAAACAAGACAAUUGCGAAAGUUCUUUGUGAUAUCUGUGUACGCUUCACUUAAAAGUUGUUGUAUAUAUGGCGUAUGUACGAGCAAAGCAGAAUACUUAAUUUUGCAGGCGCUUAAAUUUCUUUCUUCUAUUAUAUCUACUUUGUCGUUUGAUGUUAAUUACGAACAGCUUCAACGAGGAUUGCAAAAAGAUUGAACACAA